GAAACCGCAAGGUGUCCGUCCUCUUAACUCCACAAUAUCGGUUCAACAUCGAAUGCGACAGCAGCAGGUCGACUCCUAAGUCCGCCGACACAAGCAAAGCUACAGCAUUGCCUUGUCGCUCUGAUACUCAACAAUUUCACGCUGGAUAAUUGUCAGGAUUCUUCUUCACAAUGGAUUUGAACAGUCUCCGGCAGACCGUCACCAACCUGACACUUUACGAUGUCAAGGCCGGUGUGCGCAAGGUCCAGAAUGCCGUCAUGAACUUCACCGAGAUGGAGGCCAAGGUGCGCGAGGCCACAAAUAACGAACCUUGGGGCGCAUCCUCGACUCAGAUGCAGGAGAUUGCGGAUGGCACUUUCAACUACCAAACCCUGAACGAGAUUAUGCCCAUGAUCUAUCGCCGCUUUACCGAAAAGUCUGCCGAAGAGUGGCGCCAGAUCUACAAGGCCCUCCAACUUCUCGAGUACCUGAUCAAGCACGGCUCUGAGCGCGUUAUCGACGAUGCUCGCUCCCACAUUACUCUGCUCAAAAUGCUUCGCCAGUUUCACUUCAUUGACCAAAACGGCAAAGACCAGGGUGUUAACGUUCGCCAUCGCGCCAAGGAACUUGCUGAGCUUCUUGGGGAUGUUGACAGGAUCCGGUCGGAGCGCAAGAAGGCACGUGCGAUCAAGGGCAAGUUUGUAGGCAUGCAGGGUGGGUCUGGAAUGGGAAGCAGCAGUCGAUAUGGUGGCUUUGGGAGCAACUCGGACGGGUACAGUGGGGGCGGCGGUGGUGGCAGCAGCUCGACUUAUGGUGGUGAUGCUGGAGGUGUGUACGGGGACGGUGGAGGCUUCGGCGGACAACAAAGCAGCGAUUUUGGUCGAACACAAGCACGCGGGGAACAGUUUGAGGAGUACGAUGAGUUUGAUGGGGAUGAACGGCCAGCUGGUGGUGCUUUGUCUUCAAGCGCCCCAAGGGUGAAGCGAGACACAUCCGAAAGAGCCGGUGUUAAGAAGACCACUGAACCGGCGAAGAAGAAGGCCCCUGAGGUCGAUCUGUUUUCGUUCGACGAGCCCGCGACAACCUCUACCCCUCCCCUGGCUGAUGCCCCGGCUGCUUCGAGCGCUGCACUCACCAAUGAUGACGACGACUUCGACGAUUUCCAAUCGGCAGUGCCGGCUGUUGCUGCUGCCCCUGCGACCCAGUUCGCCGCUCCCCAGCCUGUCUCUGCCCCCCAACAAGCCAACCUGAGCGGCAUGGUCGCCAUGUCUUCUAUCUCUCCGCCGCCAAGCUCAACCGCCACGCCCUCCGGCAACUUUUCGGCCUUCUCAACGCCUUUGUCUGCGACUACUCUCUCUCCUGCUGCGAAGCCAGCAGGGUUCCAAGCCUCUACACCAAACUACUUUUCUUCGGUUCAGGCGGCAUCUCCAGCAGCACCUGUGGCAAAGCCUGCUGCUGCCCCUGCCUCCUUCGGCGGGCUGAAGCCAGUCACCAGUGGCUCCAAGCCAGCAGCACCCGCAGCUGGAGGUGACGCUUUCGGUUCUCUCUGGUCUCAAGCCAGUGUAGGCCUCAAGAAGAGUACCCCCACUGGGCCUGGGCCGACAAUUGGACAGCUCGCGAAGGAGAAGAGCAGUGCUGGCAUCUGGGGUGCGGCCAGCUCUUCUUCUCCCGCUGCUGCUAAGCCUGCGGGUAGCAAGCCGCUUGGCAAUGGUCUUAAUGAUUUGCUGGGCUGAGAUCUGAUUGUGUCCUUUCAAUGCUAAUUUCUGAUAUUAUUUGCGCUGCUUUUCACGGGGAUAGUUGGGGAGGCUAGAAGGUCUGUCUUGAUAAGAUAGUCAUGCAGAUGGCUUUUGGAGUAUGGCGUGCCAAAAUUGAUCUUCAGCGUUAUGCAUGCAUCUGAGUGGUUGUUCCAGCAAUAUUGCCAAGAGUGGCUGUCUGGGGAUGUGGUCUCAAAAGGGGCUGGCCAGGGGCAGCUGUCCAACCCGGCCGAGCAAUCGGCCCGGAGAUCGAGGUGUUCCGCAGCGGCAAUCAUUCUACGACACAACAUCAUCUGAAAGCUGAUCCGGCAUGCGGAAGUUUGCCGAUGUCGCCGUCCCUUCUCUCCGACGGCCUGUGCUUGAGCUGCACCAUGUUUACUACGUGUUUUGGUGUGUUUAAUGCUUACUCAAAAUAGCCAAGUCCAGCAGAUACCCUAUCCUAAGGUAGUGUAGUUCAACUUGACAGAUUCCGCUGCUUACUCGAUUACUGACCUCAAGACCGUUACUCGUCCUGGAACAUACAGUUACCUCGGUUUAGCCAGACUUGAGGAUGACUCACUGCCAGCUCCGUCCGCAACCAUCGGUUCCCUUUCCUCCUGGCCCCGGCACCGUUUUGCGGCCGGCUUGGCAUUCUUACACCCGCAGAUCCACGUUUCCCGGCCGCAUCCUUCGGGGCCCAGGUUCUUUUCGU